CCUCACUGAAGACGGAUGCUGCUGACAAUCAUCUGCUCUCAUAUGAGUUACGACUGGAUGAUUGGUACAUCUGAGUGCAGAAAUAAGCGCUGAGAUAUUUCCCACAUGGCUGUCCUGUAUGACCCUGGCUUUCCAACAAGAACUCGUGGCACAAGUUAGAAGGUUCUGAUGUGCAUGCCCUGUGACAAGGAAAGAUGGAGACUUCCAACCAAACCCUUUCUCCAAGCCCUGGCUUUGCUAACACAACUAACUUUCCCCUAAACCGUUCAUUCGGACAAGUCAAGCUUGUUCUCGUCAUUCUCGGACUGAGCACUUUAAGCCUGAUCACAAUCAUUGGCAAUGUGCUGGUCAUGCUCUCCAUCAAGGUCAACAGGAACCUCCAGACCGUCAACAACUAUUUCCUGUUCAGUCUAGCAUGUGCCGACCUGUUCAUUGGUGUUUUCUCCAUGAACCUCUACACCGUGUACAUUGUGACUGGCCACUGGCCUUUAGGAGCUUUGGUCUGUGACCUCUGGUUGGCUCUGGACUACGUGGUGAGCAACGCCUCUGUUAUGAACCUCCUCAUCAUCAGCUUUGACCGAUAUUUCUGCGUCACCAAACCUCUCAGCUACCCGGUCAAAAGGACCCACAAGAUGGCAGGCAUGAUGAUCGCAGCAGCUUGGAUCCUGUCGUUCAUUCUCUGGGCUUCAGCCAUCCUGUUCUGGCAGUUCAUCACGGGCAGCCGGACGGUUCCUGAAGGCGAGUGCUACAUCCAGUUUUUCUCCAACGCUACGGUCACCUUCGGCACCGCCAUCGCUGCCUUCUACAUGCCGGUCGUCACUAUGACCGUACUGUACUGGCAGAUCUCCAAAGCCAGCCGCAGUCGUGUCCGAAGCGGAGACAAUCGGGGAAUUUCUAGAGUCAGUAAUGAUGGAGGCCAGGCUGGACCAACAACUAACAAUAAGGAGAGGAAGUCAAUCCAAGGAGGAGAGGAAAUGAUUCCACGCAGGCAGAGUGCUUCAGAUGCCACUACAGGAGAAGAGCGAGAGAGUGAGAAUGACUCUAUAUCUGGAAGUGUGGUCGCUUCUUCACACCAGCGGGACGAGGAGGCCGUAUCUAUAAGCACUAACGGUGACAUCAGAAGCCGUCAGACCCAAUCAGCUCCGCUGGCCACAGGUAGUUGGGUCAGAUUUACCUGCUUCAGAACAACACCCCAAAAGGACCCGCAAAACACCUAUAAACAAAACAACAAAGGAGGUCAGGACAUGACCAACGGGAAGGAGAGGCUGAGUCUGGUGUCGCAGAAGAUUCUCAUGCCACGGUCUCAGAAGAGGAAGGGUUUAUCCUCGCGGGAGAAGAAGGUAACAAGGACCAUUAUGGCCAUUCUAUUGGCGUUUGCAGCCACAUGGACUCCCUACAAUGUCAUGGUACUCAUCAACACUUUUUGCUCGGCCUGUAUUCCAAGCACAAUGUGGACCUUUGGCUACUGGCUUUGCUACAUAAACAGUACGGUUAACCCCGCUUGCUAUGCCCUGUGCAAUGUCACCUUCAAGAACACCUUCAAACAUCUGCUGACAUGCAAGUACAGGAAUAUUCAUGCCAGCAGAAAACAAUAAGACAGUGGGCACAGAGAAUAUCCACUUAUUCACUACAGUGCCAUCUUUGGUUGAGGCUGAGGGAUAGACAUACAUCUCUUCUGUGGGUUUUACUGCUAUUUAAUGUUUUUGGAUUGUUCUUCUUAUGAAAUGCUGCAAAAACAUCUUUCCAAGAAAUUUCAGUAGACAAAACUACUUGCAUGAGCUGUGGGAAAUAAGUGAUCUAGGAGUUACACAGGCUUUUACAGCGGAUGCCACUAAAAACACAGCAAGUCUAUCCCUCACAGCCUCGCUUCAUACCUGUUGAAACAUUCAAAGGUUAUUUUUCAGCUGCCAAAUUAUUAUAAGGACUACAGAAAAGAAGCAGUAAACUGUUUAAUAAUGUUCUUGUCAUUAUUAAGCAUUAUAAGUGUUUUUGAUGCGUCCGAUUCAAAUGCGUAAUCAAUUCAACUUUUGUAAUAUAAAUGUAAAGAUAUUUGUAACAUUAUAUCUGUAUAAUAUGCAUGACAUUUAUAGAUGUUAUAAAUAUAUAUGUAUUAUAGUUCUCUACAUAUCAAUAUGAUUUAACAUUCCUGUCAUUUAAGCAGAUAAUGGGGUUUCAUUAUAUAUCAUUUGUAUUUUAAAACGCACACAUCUU